UUUCGCGGAACCGGAAACCUUAAGAAAUAAAACUUGCCUUCGGUUUAUUUCAUUUGAGUUUAAAGUGUGUCUAUUAAGUUAACCUUUUGAUUUUAGUGUAAUUUAAUUAAUCUAGUUUAACAUGGCCAAGAAACGGGCGUUCGAACUUGUUGUUGGUCUUAAGAAGGGACACAAAGUAACUCCAGUUAAAGCUAAAGUUACUAAGAAAGCUCAAGUACCAAGUAAAAUUGCUAAGCAAAACAAAUUUGUCAAGGAUAUUGUCAGAGAAAUCAGUGGACACACACCUUAUGAAAAGCGGUGUUUGGAAUUGUUGCGUAUUUCUAAAGAUAAGAGAGCCCUUAAGUUCUUGAAGCGAAGACUCGGAACACACGCUAGAGCAAAGAAAAAGCGAGAUGAAUUAUCUAACGUGCUUAUUCAACAAAGAAAGGCAGCUGCCCACAAAUAGUUUCUUACUUUGUAGGUAUUUGUCACUUAUUUGAAAAAUAAAAAACUUGAUGUUUCAUCUAUACCUGUUGUAGUCAA